UGAAAAAUAAUAUUUCCAUUAAUCUCUCGACUGGAUCUCAGACAAAAUAUAAAGCAAACAGCUCAACAACGAGGGGGGAAAAUGGAGGAGGCUCGGCUGUCCCCCAGUUUGAGUUUCGCAUGUAAACAAGUGGUGAAUGGCGACUCAGAGGGUUCUAACACCAACCAGGGGAUUACUGAUGUUUGCUGGGUGGCUUGCAAAGACUUCACCGUCGAAGUGGGGAAGGAUCAAAUCGCGGAGUACAUCCGCACCUGGGAGGUGCACCCCAGCUGGCUGUUCAGCCUGGAGUUCCUCCGUACGGAGGACGAGGGGUACCGCACCCUCCACCACUACCGGUCCCGCUGGAGCAUCCCUACUCCCCGGACACCCAUACCCAAAGCGACGGCCUGCGUCUACUUCGUGAUCGACGUCUCCAAAAUCAGAGACCAAACUUUGCCUGUGCAGGUUAAUUUCCAGGUAGAGGCGAACAGGUCGGUGCAUGCGGCCGGUAAAUCCAGAUUCAGGGAGAAAUGGCUGAAAGACGUCGUCGAGAGCAAGACGUUACUCCGGGCCGCCAUCGAUUUCUAA